UCUCUCUCUCUCUCUCUAUCUGUGAACAUGAGGGAUCGAAUGGAAAAAUUUGUUCUCCUUCCGUUUAGUGCAGGUUGCAUAUCUGAAUCGAGCAUUGCAGUUGCGCAGCAGCAAGCUAAAAGAUCAAAUCUGGAUACCAAGUUAACUCCAAGUAGAGAAAAGGAGGAAGAAGAAGUGGAACAUGAUGAUGAAGAAGACGAAGAAAGUUUAUCGGGUGAUAACUUGAAGAGCCCCUUAAGCCAUUUGGCACUUCACAGGUUCCAGAAGCUGUUCAAGAAUUUCAAGAACUUCUCUCAGUCAUUUGCUUACAAAGAUGAGUUGGAAGAGACAGAUAUGGGGAUCGAGAUCGGAUUCCCAACAGAUGUGAAGCAUGUGACUCACAUUGGUUUGGAUGGUUGUGCAAGCUCCAUACUCUCAAAAGGAUGGACUAAUGAACCAGAGCAGACAAUCAAUCUCCCUUCUUUUCCUUUGACGCCACUUGAGCUUGCCAUGUCAAAGCACACUCCUAAUAAGCCCACUUUCCAGAGUCUGCUCGAAACCAAAUGAAGAAGAUAUUAUCACGAGAACAUGCAUUAUCAAUGAAUUGAGGAAGAUGGCAGGCAAAAAAUCUGUGUGUAUAAAACCAUUAAAAGUUAUCUGAAUGUCUAUGAAUUGUGUGGCGAUCGUGUAUUUUAAUGUUUAUUGUGUUUUCUGCUUUUUGUGUACCAGUGUGGAAAGGCUUAAUGCAUAAAGUCAUGGUUUUGAUAAAAUUCUUUACGCACAGAAGUGGACUGUGAAAACAAAAAGAUAAACAGAAAUGUAAACUUGCAAUGCAAAAAUUCAGUUGGGUGCAUGAAAAAUAUCCAAAUGUAAAUACCGACUUCUCUGUCAUUCGGAAUUUACCAGCUACAGCCUCAAAGUUUUCCUGAUACAGUCAAUAAUUUGAGAUGAUUAGAUUCUUGUCUGAUAAGUUGCAAUCUAGACUUACAAGUUACAAUCAACUAACAAUCCAGAGCAGUCUGCUUUUGCAAACUCCUAUCAUCAACUGAAGCUUCAAGUCAAAGUCCAAAUCAACUAGCUCAAGAAGCCAACAGCUAACAUUAAAGGUAUGAAUGGCAAUUAGCAUACCGCUAAAUCGUGUCAGUUCCAUUAAGUUAAACUCUAAAACUCAACUAUGCCCCACCAAUAAUUCAAUUUUGAUUUAUGUACAUUUCAUAUUUCCAUGUUAAUUUUUUCAUUGUUUUUGGGGAUAGGUGAGGGGGGUGGCUUCAUGUACUUGGUAAGAGAUAAUUAUGGGGAUUGUUUGGGCUGCCACACAACUGUGACAAACCACCUAACUGUAUUCAGAUUUAAUAAGAGACAUUUUAAGUUGAGACGCGUGUGGACUGUCACUAACCACUAAAAAUACCAUUUUAUCAUCAAUUGACAUCUCAAGACUGAAUGGAUGCAAACAUCUCAUCAUGGUAAACUACCAGAAUGCAAAUUAUAGAAGCAGAUUCCAAUUACACCAUCCAUCUAGAAGCAGAAAAAAAUUAGAAAAGUGCAGCAUCGCAUAAAGAUAUUUCAUAUUGGGGUGUUUUGUAUCGAAAGGAAUAUCCAUUCUCAUUCUCCUAAUCACAACAAUCUAACUUACAGGAUAUCAAUGACUAUAAACUUGGGUCACCAAACUUUUGGCAGAUUCAACAGUGGAAGCAACCUGAGCUUUGCUCAAUAUUGGUAGUUCCUGUAGACGUAAGGAGCUAUGUCCUUUGAGCUUCAAGAAUAUAAAAAAGUAAAAUAUAUAU